AUGGCCGCCGCUCCGCCAUCCCUCUCAAACUACCCGCCGUCACACACCAGCUCCCCCUCUCGCCAUCUCUCUCAAUACUCUGCCUCGUCCACUGUAGCCGGGACUCCCCUCCCAGACCGCACGUCCGGCACCCCCACCAGCAUCACAUCGGCCUCGACCCUGCGCUACCCGUCGACCCGCAAGACCAUCUACGACCGCAACCUCAACCGGUCGCGCAAUGCCGAACUGUCGAGAGCCAGCUUCGCCUACCUGUUUAUGGAGAUGGUCGCGUACGCACACAAGCGGGUCAAGGGGAUCCAGGACUUUGAGAAGAGACUGAACGAACAGGGCUAUCCCCUGGGACUGAAGCUGCUGGAUCUUUUGCUUUAUCGGGCGUCGCCGAUGGGUGGCUCGAGUUCGUCGAGUGGAGGGUCGUCGACUAGUAGCUCCGGAGCAGGGGCCAGUCGACCACUGAGGCUAUUGCCCCUCUUGACGCUUCUGACCACCAAGCUCUACCCUUUACUAUUCUCCCGUCCCGCAGACUCGCUCGAACAGUCCACGACGAACCCGGGGGAGUACAUGAUCAUCGACAACACUCCGCUCACGAACCAGUACAUCUCCGUUCCCAAGGAGAUGUCCCAGUUGAGCGUGGCGGCAUAUAUUGCGGGAAUUAUCGAGGGCGUGUGUGAUGGCGCAGGCUUCUCUUGUAAGGCCAGCGCACACAACACAGGCACCGACGUGUGGCCAAACCGGACCGUGUUUCUGAUCAAGUUUGACGAAAGCGUCAUGGAACGGGAGCGGGAGCUGGAGAGGCAGGGAGUCAAGUGA